AGUCCAGGAUGAACUCCUACUUAGACUACCCAGUGUGCAACCGGGGAGCAAAUAUCUUCAGUGCCAAGGCCGGAUACCACAAUUUAAACCAUGGAUACAUGUCGUCCAACUCGUGCGCAACAAGUGAUAGUUACGCACCGGACGGGCGCUUAGUUGCGGCGACUUCUGCGCCACAUCAGACUCCGAACCUCCCUCUGCACCAUCAGACGCACGUCAACUUGGAUCUGCAGUUUGCAACACCGGCGGGGAACUCCAUGUACGGGUCACAUCUAGAGUACGGACAUCACCAGUACGGCCUCGCUCCAGAGCAGGACCGGGGCUACGUUCACGCGCAGGUUUCACCCCUCGGAACAAACAUGGCUCCCUACACCGGAGACAGUUGCGGGCCUGGAGUUGCAACAGGCAGCCAGUAUCUACAUUUUGGAGAUCAGAGGCAGCAAGAAUAUUCAGAAAGUGUUUACACGAGGUUGCCGCCCCAAAACAAGGAGAAAGAUUUGGAUCAUGUGGAGGAAACUUCUAAAACAUUCGACUGGAUGAAAGUGAAGAGAAAUCCUCCUAAAACAGCUGUCCUGUCAGAGUUCGGGGUUCCCGGUCAGCACAACGUGAUCCGCACCAACUUCACCACCAAGCAGCUGACCGAGCUGGAGAAAGAGUUCCACUUCAAUAAAUACCUGACGCGGGCACGGCGGGUGGAGGUGGCCGCCAGUCUGGAGCUCAACGAGACGCAGGUGAAAAUCUGGUUUCAGAACCGCAGGAUGAAACAGAAGAAACGCGAGAAACUGGGCUGCGUUUUGGUGACCGGUCCCGCACCUGUGGAGAAACUCUCAGGCCCUGAAACCUCCCCAAAGUCCAAGGGGAAAGACUGUGAACCAUGACUUUUUUCUUAAAAAUAAAUAAGACUGUGGGGACUUGAGCAGAUUUCCACAUCUCUCUCUCCCUCAAGUUUCACCAGAAUAAAACGGAAACAUUCUUGUGGACUUGUGAAGUAUACAGGGUAUGUCUGUGCUUAUAGUGCGUUGGUUACUGAUUUGGAUGCUGAGAAAACUUUUGUCUUUGAACGGAUGUCUUUCAUCCGCUCUUGUAUUUUUUUUUUUUUUUUGUAAUCUUCCUAUGAGUCCAUGCUGUGUUUUUGUGUUGGGGCACUCAAGUGUCAUCGUUUGCACUAUUUAUUUACAGGGUAUUUUCCAACAAUUGUUGAGAUGAUUUAGCUUAAUAAAGUCUAUAAAAUGAAAAUAAAAGAAUGUGGUUUUCAAAGUGUUUGCUGUCUCUAAUCAACCCAAACUUUUAAUUUUGAAACAGAAUUUAUUCACUUUGACAUUUUUAAAUAAAUAUAAUGUAUAAUAAAUAAUAAAUCUGAAUGUUUUUGAAUCACACCACAAACUUCUUUUUUUUCUGUAUUACCUUCCAUUAAUAGUCUCACCAAAGUCCCCUCUUGCAUAAUGUGACAAGAGGAAUCUUUCACAACACAUGGGGUGGUUCCCAGUGACCUUUUCACCUCCAAAUACCUCCAGGGGCUCUAAACAUGACAACAAACUCCAGGGAGCCAGGUCUCACCCUUGAUUUGUUACCCAAAUUCUGCUCGGACACACAGCUGACACAGGUUGCAAUGACAUCCCUUUGUAUUUUUACAUCAUUUUUCCAGUUCAACUGGUUUUUUUAUUAGACAUCUUACGUUUUUUCCUUCUAAAAAAAAAACUGGUAAUUUAACAUCUUGGUGCUUCUUCUGGCUUCACCUUCAGCUAAACGUUUGCCGGACCUGACCACCUAGUUUCAUCUGAUGCUUUAAAGGGGGAAGCAGCAGUUUCAAUAUUUGCACUGGGUGUUAGGUUUGCACACACACACACUUUCUGCCCCAGCAGCACUGGCCUGUCGGUGCCCUUUUUUCCUAAAGCUGAGGUUCACACAGAGUUCAGGCACAAAUGAAUGCGGAGUCAAUCUGUCAAGACACCAGAGUGGCUCGGAGAAGUCGACUCUAGGCCGCUCAUACUUUAGAUUUUUUUUUUUUGCAGGUAUUGUUUUUAAUGUGCCGUUUCAUCAAUGUUCUAGUUUGUGCAAACUAAAAACUGCUCUCUGAAGAACAUGUUUCUAGGAAAUGGAAAUCGGUAAUCAUUUGAAAUAUAUCUGCAUGAGUGUGCACUUCUCUCACAACUAUAUUAAAAAUUAAUACGGUUCCACGAAUAGAAGUUACAGUUGAAAUACCAUACGGCCCAUUACUGUAAAUUAGAAAAGGCUUGAGAGGUUUGUUGUCAUGCAUUUUUUUUUUUUUAAAAGCCAAAAGCUUCCUCUUGAGAUGAGUCACAAGGCCAAGGACCGGGGAGGUGACGAUCGAUAUGGUGAAUAGUGACGGAUUCAACGACAAAAAAAAAGGGGGACGGUGCGGAAAACAAGUGUGGGACUUCAUUCCAGAGGUGUGAUCCCUGCCAUCUCUGUAGG